UGCGCCAGGUGCUAAAAUAGUAAUUUUUUAAAUGUUAACGUUUGCGCUGGUUUAACCGCCUUAUCGAUAUACCUACAUUCGGAAAUUGAACAGAAUCUUUAAAAGAAAACGCUUUUUGAAGCCUCAAAUUCAUAGAGGUGAGAGAAAAUAUAAUUUCUUCCAACCAACAAUAAGCAGGUAAAGAUGAGUAAAAAUUGCAAAAAGAGUCCUCGCUAUAUAAUCAACUGGGAAACGCAUGCCUCGAACUUACUGAAAAACUUCUGCUCGCUAAUGGAGCACCAAAGUUUAGUCGACAUCGUGCUUUGCUGCGGAAACAACACCAUUCAAGCCCACAAAUUCGUUUUGGCUGCUAACAGCCCCUUUUUCAGGGAAGAAUUUGAAAAAAAUCCUUCAAUUGAACAGAUUAUGAUCGGUGGGUGCGACUUUGCAGUGCUAAAAAGCGUAGUAGAAAUCAUGUACUGCGGCCAAACCCUAGUGAACGAGGACAAUGUGAAAUAUUUAGUGGCAAUAAUCAAGCUUUUUCAAAUGAAACACCUCGAAAAUCUGUUCACCGAACACGCCAGCUCUAACGAGGACAUUUACUUGCCUAAACCGCAGUUUUUAACCAAAAAACCCAAAUAUCCCACCUUCUCAUGCCAACUGCCGCAUCCUCCUGCGGUACAGAAUAAUUCCAUUGAUGUUAAAGUAACACCUUCGCCUACGCCCAACAUCAGCCUCCCUCCAAAGUUGCUCAAACCAACUGACUUCAACGUUAAUGCCCCAGACGCAGUGGGCACCUUCAAGCCUUAUCCAAGAGAAAAACGCACGUUGAAACAACAAGCUGAACAGGCGUGCUUUAAAGAGGCGCAAGCCUCCAGAAUGGCAUUGGCUAGUCUGCAAAAACAAAUCGCUGCAGCACCUCAGGUAAGCAGCUUUAUUAUAGAAGACUCCUGCGCGGAAACCACUGUGGAAAAUUUCAUUCCACACCCAGAGCCCGUUCCUUUCGUGCAAAUUUUCGACUACGACGAUGAUAUUAGCGAAAAAAUGAAAAAUGGCAUGUUUCUGCCCGUUCCAGUGGCGCAACCCGCAAAUUCAUCAGCCCCCUUCAACACAAAUAACCAAAGAAACCAAACCGAGAAACGGUCUUUAACAGCAGACAAACUAAAAUACAUUUUGGGCUCGCACUUGCCCACGAACGUUGAAGUAAUGUACAAAGACGCUGAGGGAAAUUUCGUGCCUGUCAAUGAAGAAGUUCUACAAAAUCUAGCUAACAAAGAAGGUCUUCAAUACCAAGUGGUGGACGAAGAUGGACGGGUGAGCGAAAUGCAGGAGCUCCAAGUUAUCGAUAAAAUCGAGAAACUUAUCGGCAAUGUGGCGGAGGACGCCAAAUCAGAGGUGGAUCUCCUCGACAUCACCAAACCGUCCAUUGAAGUCAGCGAUUUUUUAAGUGAGAGCGAAAAUACUUUAACAAUCAAGAAUCAUUUAUGCUCAAUGAUGUCUUUGACUGGACAAGAAACGCAGUUUUCUUCUCGAGAAUUGUCGAAACUCAACACUGAAGUCGACCUGAAAUUCUCACCAGACAUUUUUUUUUCCGACAUUAUUCCGAAUGACCCUCAAGACGAAGUUACAGUGGUAGACGACAUUUUUGAAGAACCGUCCAAUGCGGAAAAACCUUAAAACACCAGUCACUAACUUGUAAGUUGUUUGUCUUUUCAAUAUCGGUUUAAGGCAUUUUUUUCGAUCUAUUUUGCAUCUCAACCUGAUAUGCAUAAACGUCGCAAUUUGAAAUAGGAAAUACCUAAACAAAGUAAAAUUAUUUUCCAUUAGUUUUACUCUAUAAACAUUAUCAAUGUAAUAACAACUUCAUAAUAUAUUACCUUUCAAAGAAAACCUCUUA